UGUACAUGGCAGCUUGCUCAUCAUCGACAUACAUGGGAGCAUUCCGAAGCAUCACCGACGUGAAUACUGAACACCUGCUCUGGACUUGGGUUCUCUGGACCACGAAACAAGAUGCCUCGGUUUAUUAGCUACCAAGCCACCUAGGUACAUGGUAUUUCAUCGGCCUUCCAUCCACCACACGGCGUGGUAUGAUUCGACUCCGCUGGACCGACCGCCGUCAUUGUCCCUUUUACUCCAGACCCCAUACUCCAUCCAUCUGUCCAUCAAUCCAUGCCCGCAGCCUGCAGCCUGCAGCUUGCAAUGCUCGAUAUAUCGCGACAAAAACCAAGUCGACCUUCCCCCGACUGCUCGACGAGCCUUCGAGUUGAAGGCCUAGAAUCCGAAGCUUCAUCCAUUCUCUCAAUCAUAUGAAACUCUCUACAUAACAAGUCAUUUGUUCUUCGUCUCCUCCUUUGACUUACUCCCUACAUUCCCCGUAUCCAGCACCCUCUCCUAUCUUGUUGCACGUCAAUUGUGCCCUCUGCCAGGCAACGCCGGCAGCCUCAUCGAAUCUGGCCUUUCGCUACUUACCUUACCUCUAGCCACCUCUUCUCCUCCCCUCCCGCCAUGUCUCCAAACAACACGGUCCAAGACGCUGUGCAACAUGCCUCCUUAUCCUCUCCCGAACAGUUCUGGGACAAACACGCCAAAGAGCUGCACUGGCAUAAACCCUACACCACCGUGCUGAAGCGCCAGACCAAGAAACUCAAAGAUGGAACCACUCAUCCUCACUGGUCCUGGUUUCCCGAUGGAGAGAUCAGCACGACGUACAAUUGUCUUGACCGGCACGUCGAGGCCGGCAACGGCAACAAGAUGGCCAUGAUCUGGGACAGUCCCGUAAGCGGAUCGAAAGAGAAGUUCACAUACUCACAGAUGCUGGAAGAAGUGGAGAUCCUCGCCGGCGUACUGCGCGAAGAGGGCGUGCGCAAGGGCGACGUCGUGCUGAUAUACAUGCCCAUGAUCCCGCCGGCCAUCUUCGGCAUGCUGGCGGCCGCGCGUCUGGGCGCCAUGCACGCCGUUGUGUUUGGCGGGUUCGCGGCCAACAGUCUGGCGCAGCGCAUCGACGCGGCGAAACCGAAGCUCAUUCUCACGGCGAGUUGUGGCAUCGAAGGAUCCAAGGGCCCGUUGGAUUACCGACCGUUCGUCGAAGGCGCGAUCGAGCAGAGCAAGUGGAAGCCCGCCAAGACUCUCAUCUGGCAGCGCGACGUGAAGAGGUGGGAUCCCAUCCACAAGGACGCCGGGCAGAGGAACUGGCAGCGUCUCGUCAAGAGCGCGAGGAAUCGCGGCGUGAGAGCGGAAGCCGUGCCCGUCAAAAGCACCGACGGGUUGUACAUCAUCUACACAAGCGGCACGACGGGCCUGCCAAAGGGCGUGCUGCGCGAAGCAGGCGGGCACGCCGUCGGCCUGAACCUGAGCAUCAAAUACCUGUUCGACGUCAAGGGUCCAGGGGACGUCAUCUUCACGGGCAGCGACAUAGGCUGGGUCGUGGGGCAUUCGUACAUCGUCUACGCGCCGCUACUUGCUGGCGCCACGACAAUCCUGUAUGAGGGCAAGCCGAUUGGCACGCCCGACGCGGGCGCGUUCUGGCGCAUGGUCGACGAACACAAAGUGACCACACUGUUCACGGCUCCCACGGCGCUGAGGGCCAUUCGCAAGGAAGACCCCGAAGACAAAUACUUCAAACGGUACGGCGACAAGGGCCAGCUGCGGCACUGGCGCGGCCUGUUCCUCGCAGGCGAGCGAUCCGAGCCCUCUAUCGUUACGCAUUAUCAGGACCUCCUGAGCAAGUACGCUGCUCCGGAUGCGCGGGUCGUUGACCACUGGUGGUCGAGCGAGUCCGGCAGUCCGAUGACAGGACUCGCACUGCAGCCGGCCAUCGGCCACGACCACCACAGCCGGGAGAGCCACAAACCGCUGGCCAUCAAGCCUGGCAGCGCAGGCAAGCCGAUGCCCGGAUUCGAUGUGCGCAUCGUCGACGAUGAAGGCAACGAGGUCGAGCAGGGCAGGAUGGGCAAUAUCGUGCUCGCCAUGCCCCUGGCCCCGACGGGAUUCACGACCCUGUUCAACGACGAUUCUCGCUUCUACCGAGGCUACCUCAAACGCUUCGACGGCAAAUGGCUCGACACAGGCGACGCCGGCAUGAUCGACCAAGAUGGGUAUAUCCACGUCAUGAGCCGGAGUGACGAUAUCAUCAACGUCGCGGCGCAUCGAUUUAGUACAGGCGCCAUCGAGCAAGCGAUAACAUCACACAGCUCGGUCGCCGAGGCCUGCGUCGUAGGCAUCCCCGACGCCAUGAAAGGCCAUUUACCGUUCGCCUUCGUGAUUCCGUCGGCGUCGACGCCGAACGACCUACCCGCCACACCAUCCAAAGAGUUCUUCACCGCCAUCAACAACAUUGUGCGCACGCAGAUCGGAAACAUUGCCAGCCUGGGCGGGAUCAUCCAGGGCAAGGGCAUGAUUCCCAAGACCCGAAGCGGGAAAACCUUACGCCGCGUGUUGAGAGAGCUCGUCGAGAACGCCGCCGAGGGCAAUUAUGACAAAGAAGUCAACGUGCCUGCCACCGUCGAGGAUAAAGAGGUCGUCGAAGUCGCCCGGAGCAAAGUCAAAGAGUGGUUCGAGGAGAGGAAGAAAGCCCAAGGCUCGGCAAAGGCGAAGCUGUAAGACAUGGAAACUCUCUAACGUGUACAGCGGUCAGAGAUGGAGUAGAAGCUGAAUGGGUCGUGAACUAUAAUUAUACAAUAUACAGACAUGACCAUCUCGCUCAUGUGUCAGAUGUGCCAUCUAUUCUGGUGAUCGACCACCACUCGAACGAGUCAUGGUCGUCCUUCUAAUG